AUGCUGCCUGGACGGAUUGGUGGUAUGCAUUUGGCAAAUGAAAAUCCCUUGGGGCUUUCUUGGCAUGAUUCAGCUUGGAUACCUUUAUUAAGUCCUUCGAAUAUUAUGGAUUACUUCUCCGAAAAAUCAAACCCAUUUUUUGACCGUACGUGUAAUAAUGAGGUUGUUAAAAUGCAACGGUUAAGCAUGGAUCAGCUACAAAACAUGACAGGUUUGGAAUACAUCUUAUUGCAUGUACAAGAUCCUAUUUUAUAUGUAAUAAGGAAACAACAAAGGCACAGUCCAAAUCAUGUAAUACCAUUAGCAGAUUAUUACAUAAUUGCUGGAAUUGUUUAUCAAGCACCUGAUUUAGCCAGUGUUCUAAAUUCUAGAUUGUUGUCAGCUGUGCAUCACUUGCAAUGUUCAUUUGAGGAAACUAUGAUGUAUUCAAAAUACCAUCCAAGCAAAGGUUAUUGGUGGGAUUUCAAAACAAAUAAAACAGUAGGUGCAAGCCCAUUUAACACCAGUCAGCCAGCUAUUAAGGAAACAUCAAAUACACCCAAAGAAGAACCCUCCACACUCUUCCAGCGUCAAAGAGUUGACAUGUUGCUUGCAGAGUUAGUGAGGCAGUUUCCACUUCCAGUAACACCUGCUACAUCUAGUCAGACAAAUGGUGUUACAGUGAAGACAGAAAAUACAAAUGAUAAGGACAAAGCCUUGGAAAAUAAUGGUGUUAAUAAUAUAACCAUUAAACAAGAACCUGUAGAUACUAUUAGCUCAGAUAUGACAAAUGGCUCAAUGCAGGGGCAUGUGGAAAUUAAAACAGAAAUUAAGCAGGAGAACAUGAAACCCCCACCAGAGAAGAAACCAAGAAAUUUGUAA